GAGCACAUGGGACUGCGUUCUGUUGUCGCCGACGGGGCUCUCUCUGUCACCUUCUUAAAGUCCACCGGACGAUUUCACCGUCCAUCGGUUUUCUGGGUUAUCGUGUCCGCCACCCGAUCCUUGGACCUCAGCGAUGGAGCCGAACGGCGCGCCGCCAGGGCAGGCGACUGCUGGCCACCGGUUUGGACAGAUCCCACCGCCGAACCCCCGCGGCGGCGGCGGUGGACACCGGCGGGCCCUCUCCGAGACCGUCCUCCGCCUCCCUGAUGACCUCCUCUUCGACACCGACCCCGACUUCGGCAUCUCAGACAUCGACUUCCCCUCGCUCUCGGACGAUAACCUGUCCGGUGGCUGCGGGGCUGUCGCGGCCGAGCCCGGAAUGUCGGAUCCGGCGGCGGCCACGUCGGGGAGGACCGUCCCUGGGGCUCACCUUAGGAGCCUUUCGGUGGACGGCGGGAUCUUCGACGGGCUAGGGUUCCAGGCCGGCGCGGCGGCUGGAGGCAGCAGCGCCGGUGUAGGGGAGCAAGAAAGGAGGGGCCACCACCGGCGGAGUGGUUCGAUGGACGGGUCAUUCUCACCGUUCGAGGGGGAUUCGGCGGCGACGUUGUCAGAUUACGCGAAGAAGGCCAUGACGGCCGAUAAACUUGCGGAGUUAGCGCUGAUCGAUCCCAGGAGAGCGAAAAGGAUUCUUGCAAACAGGCAAUCCGCUGCUCGUUCGAAGGAGAGGAAGAUCCGUUACACUAAUGAACUUGAGCGGAAGGUGCAAACACUACAGACUGAGGCAACCACUCUUUCGGCGCAGCUCACACUUCUUCAAAGGGAUACUACAGAUUUGACUGCUGAGAACAGAGAACUCAAGUUGCGAUUGCAGGCAAUGGAGCAACAAGCUCAACUUCAUGAUGCUUUAAACGACGCUUUGAGAGAGGAAGUGCAGCGGCUUAAGAUAGCAACCGGACAACUUCCAAGCGCAAAUGGAAAUCCUUUCAACGGCGGGCUUCAGCAUUCUGUAUCGAACUACUACGCUCACCCACAGCAGUUGCCGCCCCAGAGUUUGCGUCACGGUCAGCAUCUGCAUCCAUCUCAGAUGCAAAUUUCUUCGAAUGGUCAGUCACUUGUUCAUUCCCCAAGUGAUCCCAUGGACUUCAUGUGAGGGCAAAGUCGACGAUCUAGAUGGACUUCAAGUGAGAUAAGUUAAAAGGCCAGCGACGUUGAAUGCAGCUCAUAGAAAUUUGGUAGGGAAUCGUUUGUUGUUCUUUGUACCAUUAAGUACAAUAAAAAUGUAUCUCUCAUUGGGUAUGUUUGAGCUGAACAAGUCUUCUGGUUGCAGUUGUGUACAGAGUUGAUGGGGAGAUACAUAAUUCACAUGACAGUCAAUCUUGUUGGUAAUUGAAGUUUCAGUUUCAGUUUGUCUUCA